AUAGCAGAGCACCAGUCAGGGAAGCUCUAUAGUGGGCAGCGCGAAGGCUGCCGCCCAUCCGACGAUAGUGCCCUUCACGGAGGCUGGCAUUACAGCCCACAACUGGGGCCAGCAUCUCCAUUGGGCAGCAAUAGUGGGGAGGUUGCCAGACAAUCGUCAAGCACCCCAAAGUCCACCAGCACGCAAGACUCGCUUCUUGGAAGCACACAGUUUGGAGAUCCGAACAGCAUGGCAGACGACCACCGCCUGGGCAGUGUUCAGGAGUCUGGCUUCUUCAAGUCCAGUCGGCAUGCCCCUUCUGAUGCUGGGAGCAGGGCGUCUGGUUCGCGGGUGCCCUCCUCCGAACAGGGUCGAGGUGAAAAGGCGGGGGGCCGUGCCUCCCAAGAGCACAUUGCGCAAAUGUCCAGCUUUUUCUCUUCGUCAAAGGCUUCUUCUGUAGCCAGCAGCCAUGACCAUGAUGCUGCCCCCACCACCUCCCAACGGAGGGCUUCAGAUGGCAAAAUGAGGUUAUCAGCUGAGCGCGCAGCACAGUAUGAUGACAAUGACGAUUUCAUGGAUGCUUCGGCCCGCGCUGAGUCCAUGCAGAGGGUGCGGCCAUCGAUGGACGUGGCGGGAGGACCGUAUGGGGCCUGGGCUGGCUCCUCAGGAGCACCAGAGAGGAUGUCCCUUAAUAUUGGCAUCCGCGCAAGCACGGCCGAUCCUCGGAAGAUUUCUGACAGCUCGAGCGAGAUGGGCCAGGCAAGGACCAGUGCGGAUGGGUUCCCUGUUGGGAUCCCUCCUCCACCACCACCCCGUACCGCGCCCCCACCAGAGAGCCUUCGGGACGCCUGGGCCGAUGCAGAGCCGCCUGCUCAAGAAGCUAGCGUAGGGCCCCCGCUGCUGAACGGUCAGUCUAACAGGUUGGCCUCGAUGAAACACUCCAGCGGGGGACCUGGGGCUGGUCGACAGAUGGACACAAGCAGCUACUUGCCACCAGAUAUGGUACAGUCCAUGAAUCAGCUGGAGCUGAGUGCUGGGGGUCCGCCAGUGGGUGGAGAUGCUGGAGGGGGGCGGAGCCGCACUGAUGUGCGGAGCAGUUUUGCUGCAGAGAGAAAGAGCGUUGAAUACCAGCAUGAGUUUUCCAGCUUGGAUAUAUUCCAGAAUGCUGUGGAGGAUGGUUCAGUUUCUCGCCUGAACAGCGAUUCAUUCUCUGGGGAGCUGCGGCGAAGAUAUCACCAGCUGGCAGUUCUCCCUGCCGAUGUUCCAGUGCCCAUCAGCCUCCUGGCUCGCCUGUGGGGCACACCAGACCUCCAUGACGCAGAGGCAGCUGCAAGCCUCAUGGAAGCCAGAAAGAUCCUGAAGAUGGCCAUUCUUGAGGACGACAGUGCUUGGUGCAUAAUCAGCCCCUUCCAUCUGGGUAGGCUACAAGACAUGUUCAAGGACAGCCUGAAGGCGCAGCACUCACGGCUGGUCAACCUGUACCGACAGGGCUUCCACAACCUUGCGCUGGUGCCUGACGACCAGUACUUCAUGCAGAAUAUCGCCAACCACCUUGUGGAGGCUGACCGCAUGGAAGAGAUGGCGGGACUUUUGAGGGACCCGAUCUGGCUGGAGACGAAACUGCGCAGUUACGGCACGGGUGCAGUUGUGUCUGACUUCAGGAGGUAUCUCACUGUCAAGGAAGAUGCAGACAUUAAGCUCCUCCUUCGAGCAUUCCAAAUGUCUGCAGCUGCCAGCUUGGACCACCCCAACCUGUACAUACUGAAGGAACAGAUGCUGUCGCGCCUCAUGGUCUCAGCACAGCACACCAACCUGGGAGAGUGGUAUGAAACGGCACGGGCGGAGUGCUGGAUGGCUGUGCCUCACCGGAGGGCAAGGAACAUGCCUGUGCACAUGCUGCCAAGGAGACCCACUCUGGAGCAGGCUGGUGGCCUUCAGCGCCUUAUCUUGAGGGGUCACACCGAGGCUGUGAAGAAGGUUGUGCUGGCGCCCAACGGAAUGGAGGUCAUAACGGGGUCGUCUGAUGCAGCAAUCCGGGUCUGGGACAUGGAGAUCGGGGACUGUGUUUUGCUGCUGGAGGAGCACCAGGGGCCCAUAACCAGCAUAUCGAUUUCUGCUGAUGGCCAAACACUUGCAUCAGGCUCUGAGGACACCAUGGCGAUAGUGUGGGACUUGUCAUCAGGCAUCUGGAGGCAUAAACUGCGUGGGCACAAAAAGAGGAUCCACGCAGUGGCGAUCGACCCCCAGGGUCGCAGACUUGUCACCUCCUCGCAGGACAUGACCACCCGCAUAUGGAGCAUGAGCAAGGGCAACUGUCUGCACGUUCUUUCAGGCAUGGGUGGGGGUGUGGCCCCAACAUGGGAGGAGUGGGGGGCUCAUGACGGUGUGGCGAUCUCCCCGGACAGCCGCCUCCUGGCCUCAGUGGAUGCGGAGUACUGUGUGCGAGUGUGGAAGAUGGAGACAGGGGAGGCAGUGGACACCCUUGAGGGCCACACUGACUGGAUCAAGGCACUGGCAUUUGCGGGUGACAGUGGCACCCUGUUGACUGCCUCGCAUGACAAGACGAUCCGCUUGUGGGACCUGUGGACGGGUGUAUGCAAUAAGGUGUUCACUGGGCACAGGGGCCAGAUCAAUAAUCUGGUUGUAACUCCUGAUGGCAAGCGUGCGGUGUCGGUGUCAGACGAUAACACUGCCAUCGUGUGGGACAUUGAGAACCUGAAGAUGCUGUCCGAGUUGUGUGGCCAUGGGGCAUGGAUUAACGAUGCAGCCAUCACGCACAACGGGCAAAGGGUUGUCACUGCUUCUGGUGAUGACCUUGCUGUCUACUGGGAUGCGAACACCGGUGAGGCCCUGCGUGUUUGCAAGGGCCACAGUGGGGAAGUGAACAGCGUUGAGCUGUCGUACAAGGGGCGGUUUGCCAUCACAGCAUCUGAAGAUGGCACUGCUCGCGUGUGGGAUCUCCAAGCCCCAGCUGUGCAGCUCCCAGAGCACCACCAUGGCAAGGUCAUUGGCAUCGUCAUGUCACCAGAUGGUGUCCGUGCAGUCACUAUUGGCGAGGACAGCGUUGCCUUGGUGUGGGAUGUCAAAUCUGGCCAGUGCCUUCAUGUGCUCAGGGGCCACAGCACCGGCCUGCACUGGGCAUAUUUGGUCAGAAACGGAGAGCUUCUGGCGACGGGCUCAGGGGAUCGGCGGAUCUGCCUUUGGGAUGUCAAAUCUGGCAUAUGCGUUAACACGAUGCCAGACCACCGCGGUGCCCGGAUGAAGUCUUUUGCGAUCUCGCCUGAUGGACGGCGGGCGGUCAUCGUGCUUUUUGAUUCCACAGUGUCUGUGUGGAAUCUUGACACGAUGGAGUGCAUCCAUCAGCUGAUGAAACGCGCUGAGCGCGAUGGUAUCCGUGUUCAUGCCGGUGGUGUAAAUGCCGUGUACCUAAUGAAGGCGGGCACAAAGGCGCUCACCAUCAGCAAAGACAGCACUGCACGUGUGUGGGACCUUGAGACAGCCCAGUGCACUCAGGUGCUAUCAGGGCACGAAGACGGUCUCAGUACAGGGGUCGUGAAAGAGGAUGGUACUAUGGCCCUCACGGCGAGUUAUGAUAAGACCGCUCGUCUGUGGGACUUAAGCAAUGGUGAGUGCUCGAUGGUGCUGGACCACCCAAAGGAGGUCGACCAUGUGGCUGUGGAUCCACAGUGGCACCGCGCGGUGACCAUCGCAGAGGGCAAGACGGCCUGGCUGUGGGACAUCAAGAAGGGGCGGUGCUUGGGUGUCCUGGAGGGCCACUCGGACGAGAUCGCUGGUGCAGUUUUCUCCAGCGACUCCAGCUUUGUGGUCACCUAUUCCACCAACAGUGUGGUGCGUGUGUGGACUGCACACAGCGGGCGCUUGCGGGUGGUCUUCAUGGGCGACUGCGGGAUCACUGCCUGCGCUUUUGGGGGCUCCAAGCUGUCAGACACAGUCAUCGCUGGUGAUGGUAACGGUUUGGUUCACUUUCUGGACUUCCCAGCAGAGGAGCUGUCCAGCUCACGCUCCAAGUAG